CAGCAGAUAGUGGUGGUGCAACUGGCAGUGGUUCGGUUUCCCUCCGCCGCCUUGCUUCCCGCCGCCACUCUCUCUCUCGCUGCGACAAGGAGGCGCGCACGGAGACCGAGGGAACGUAGGUAUAGAAGCGCAUCAUCUUCUUACUCCAGAAGCAAGGAGGAGCAAUUCACGCUGAAUCGUCGUCGUCGUCGUCGUCGUCGACGAAUCGUAACACGCAGGCCACGAGAAGGGUUUUUUGAGGUGAAGAAGAGAUGGGGAGAGCUAAGAAAGGCCCUAAAUUCGCCGCCAUGAAGAAAAUCGUCACCUCCAAAGCCAUCAAAAAUUACAAGCAAGAGGUUCUAAACCCUAACAAGAAGGACCUUUCCAAGGAGAAGCUCCCCAGAAACGUGCCAAAUGUUUCGUCCGCGCUCUUCUUCAAGCACAAUUCUGCCUUGGGACCGCCUUAUCAAGUUCUCGUGGAUACCAACUUCAUCAAUUUCUCCAUUCAGAAUAAACUGGAUCUGGAGAAGGGAAUGAUGGACUGCUUAUAUGCAAAAUGUACCCCUUGCAUCACGGAGUGCGUGAUGGCAGAGCUUGAGAAGCUGGGCCAGAAAUACCGUGUUGCUUUGAGGAUAGCAAAAGAUCCUCGAUUUGAAAGAUUGCCUUGUACUCACAAAGGGACCUAUGCUGAUGAUUGCCUUGUUGAGAGAGUCACUCAGCACAAAUGCUACAUUGUUGCCACAUGUGAUCGAGAUUUAAAGCGAAGGAUCCGUAAGAUCCCUGGUGUACCAAUCAUGUUCAUUACACAGCACAAGUAUUCAAUAGAGAGAUUGCCUGAAGCAACAAUUGGUGGAGCUCCAAGAUUUUGAGUGUGGCAUCAUGGCGUUGUGGGGAAGACUUGGUUCCGCCAACUUAAGUUCACUGAAAAUGCAGUACUAGAUGUUGUUCCGGCUCAAUGUUGGACUCGGUGCCAGGGCAACUGGGUCUUCACAAGGAACCGUUCUAUGCUGAGCUCUAGACCCUGUGAUGUAGGAUUAACCUCUGAAUUUUGCUUGUCAAGUUCUCUCAAAUUUUGUAGCUUCCUCUUCUUGAGCCUAAUCUAUUCGUAAAUGGAUCUGUUUUAGUUUAAGCCAUCUUCUUCUUAAAAUGGUUGGCCGAUAGCCAUACAUUAAAUCGUGAUUACUGCUUGGUGUUGCAUCUCGCUA